GCACGUCAGAGAGACCACACGCUAGACGAAAUACUCACUUGUUUCAUUAUAGAAAGACUGAGUCGAAAGCUGCCAAAGAGCCCCUGAAGGAAAAGAAAAGGGAGAAAGAACAAGAAAUUCAAGAAGAGGAACAUUUGAUGGAAGAAAAGAAAAAGAAAAAGCAGGAAGAAAAGAAAAAGAAGGAAGGUGCUCAGAAAAAGGCUGCUGAACAAAAAACCAAAGUGCCAGAACCUAUUAAGACCAGUUUAAGCCAGCCCCAGCCUGCCGGUACCGGUACCAGUACUUCCACCAGCACUAUUACCAACAGCAGCAAUGGCAAGCGUGCAUCUGCUAAUGGGCAGCAGCCAGCUGCAUCCCGUUACCUGCCUCGUGAGGUGCCUCCACGCUUCCGCCAGCAAGAACAGAAGCAGCUCUUAAAGAGAGGUCAGCCACUGCCUACCGGGACUCUGACUGGCGCAAGCCCACCACAAGGUACUGGACAAGCAGGGGCAAGUCCUCCUCCACAGCCAGGAGCAGGUGGACAGCAUCAUCCCAGUAAGACCCAAACCCAAACAGAUCUUAGUCACAGUAGUUUGGGAGACCAUUAUGAAAAUUCCCACUGGGGACAGCAGCCCACUUUCAGAAGUGAAGCCAACUGCAGCUGGGAUAAAGUGAUAAUAGACAGGACUGACAAGGAAGCGUGGCCUUCCAUUACAGGAACUGAGACUGAAUCUGCUUCAGAAUGUACUACAGAAACUGACUCUGCCUCCAACUGUGGCUCAGAGAACAGUAGCAUGGCUACAGGGAGUGCCCAAGGCAACUUCACUGGACAUACAAAGAAAACUAAUGGCAAUAAUGGCACCAAUGGAGCACUCAUCCAAAGCACUUCUAACCAGAGUGCCCUUGGAGCUGGUGGAGCAAAUGGUAAUGGAAACUCAGCCAGAGUAUGGGGUGUGGCCACAGGCUCCAACUCUGGCCUAGCUCACUGCUCUGCCAGUGGUGGGGAUGGAAAGAUGGACAACAUGAUUGCAGAUGGUAGAAGUCAAAACUGCUGGGGUGCUUCCAACUCAAAUGCUGGCAUUAAUCUUAACCUUAACCCUAAUGCCAAUCCAGCUGCCUGGCCUGUACUCGGACAUGAAGGAACUGUGGGAGCAGGCAACCCUUCCAGUAUUUGUAGUCCAGUCAGUGCCAUAGGUCAGAAUAUGGGCAACCAGAAUGGUAACCCAACAGGCACCUUAGGUGCUUGGGGAAACUUGCUGCCGCAAGAGAGCACAGAACCACAAACGUCCACUUCUCAGAAUGUGUCUUUCAGCGUACAACCUCAGAACCUUAACACUGAUGGACCAAAUAACACUAACCCCAUGAACUCUUCACCAAACCCUAUCAAUGCAAUGCAGACUAAUGGACUGCCAAACUGGGGGAUGGCUGUUGGUAUGGGGGCCAUCAUCUCGCCCCACCUGCAAGGCCUUCCUGGUGCUAAUGGAACAUCAGUUUCUCAAGUCAGUGGGGGCAAUGGUGAAGGAAUGGGUAGUUCAGUAUGGGGAAUAUCCCCAGGUAAUCCUGCCACAGGAAACAGCAAUUCUGGGUUCAGUCAGGGGAAUGGAGACACUGUGAACUCAGCAUUAAGUGCUAAACAGAAUGGAUCCAGCAGUGCUGUGCAAAAGGAAGGAAAUGGAGCAAGUGCAUGGGAUUCAGGACCUCCUGCUGGUCCUGGGGUACUAGCAUGGGGCAGGGGCAGUGGCAACAGUAGUGUUGGUAGCAUGCAUUCUGGAGCUUGGGGCCACCCCAACCGUAACACCAGUAAUGGUGUUAAUGGUGAAUGGGGCAAGCCCCCAAAUCAGCAUUCCAAUAGUGACAUCAGUGGUAAAGGAUCAGCAGGGUGGGAUAGCCCUAGUGUUACCAGCCAGAAUCCUGCCAUGCAGCAGGGCAAUGAACAAAUAAACUCUUGGGCCAAAGCUGCAGCAUCUGUCACCACAGCUAGUGAAGAAAGUAAUGACAGUGGGGGAGGUCAAAAUGAGGGCAACACUGGGAGAGAAGGAGCAGGAGAGGCCAGAAGGAGAGACAAAGGGGUGAUAGACCAAGGGCAAGUCCAGUUGCCAAGGAAUGACCUUGACCCAAGAGUCCUGUCCAAUACUGGUUGGGGACAGACUCCUGUAAAGCAAAACACUGCCUGGGAAUUUGAAGAAUCCCCAAGGUCUGAACGAAAGAAUGACAAUGGAACGGAGGCCUGGGGUUGUACAGCUUCUCAGUCUUCAAACUCAGGGGGGAAGAAUGAUGGGUCCAUCAUGAACAGUACAAAUACCUCUUCAGUAUCUGGGUGGGUCAACUCUCCACCCUCAGCUGUUCCAACAAAUACAGGUUGGGGAGACAACAACAACAAAGCGCCAAACGGCCCAGGGGGAUGGGGAGAAUCAGCUAGCUCUACUGCUGUCAAUGCUGCUGCUGCUGCUACUGCUGCCAAAAGUGGCCACGCUUGGAGUGGGACCGCAAAUCAGGAGGACAAAUCACCUACAUGGGGUGAACCUCAGAAACCCAAAUCUCAAAAUUGGGGAGAUGGACAGAAAUCAAAUCCAGGCUGGACUUCAGGAGGUGGAGAUUGGACUGAGUCAUCAUCUGUACCUGGACACUUGGCUGAGGGGAAGAAGAAUGGAUCUGGAUGGGAUGCUGACAAUAGAUCAGGGUCAGGUUGGAAUGAUACUACAAGGUCUGGGACCAGUGGAUGGGGAAAUGGCACAAACACCAAGGCUAAUACAGGUACAAGUUGGGGAGAAUCUCUAAAACCUAGCCCUCAACAGAAUUGGGCUAGUAAACCCCAGGACAACAGUGUGAGUAACUGGGGAGGAGCAGCUUCUGUUAAACAGACUGGAUCAGGAUGGGUUGGUGGGCCAGUGCCACCCAAACAAAAAGAUAGCAGUGAGGCAACUGGCUGGGAAGAGCCUUCUCCACCAUCCAUUCGCCGUAAGAUGGAAAUUGAUGAUGGUACCUCAGCUUGGGGCGAUCCAAACUACAACAACAACAAGACUGUAAACAUGUGGGAUAGAAACAACCCUGUAAUUCAGAGCAGUACCACAACCAACACCACCACUACUACCACCAUUAUCAACACAAAUAUGGUUGAACCUCAGCCAUCGCACCAGUCAAGUGCCCAGCCGAACCGGUCCCCGCUGCUUGGUCCAGCAGGCUGGGGAGAAAUGCCUACUGUCCACGCAAAGACUGAAUCUUCUUGGGGAGAGCCUUCAUCCCCUUCUGCUGCAGUUGAUAAUGGCACUUCAGCAUGGGGGAAACCCCCCAGCAGUGGUACAGGGUGGGGAGAUAAUUCUGCCGAGUCAGCAGGGACCUAUGGAAGAGCGAAUGCUCCAGCUGCUGCCCCAGCACUGUGCAAGCCAGCUUCUAAAUCUAUGCAAGAAGGCUGGGGCAGUGGUGGGGAUGAAGUGAACCUCAGUACUAGUCAGUGGGAAGAUGAAGAAGGAGAUAUGUGGAAUAAUACUGCUUCACAAGAGAGUAACUCCUCCUGUAAUUCAUGGGGGAAUGCCCCAAAGAAAGGACUUCAAAAGGGCAUGAAGACAUCUAGUAAGCAAGAUGAGGCCUGGAUCAUGAACCGUCUGAUAAAACAGCUCACAGACAUGGGCUUCCCAAGAGAGCCAGCAGAAGAGGCCUUGAAGAGCAACAAUAUGAAUCUCGAUCAGGCCAUGAGUGCUCUGCUGGAAAAGAAGGUGGAAAUGGACAAGCGUGGAAUGGGAGUGACCGACUAUAAUGGAAUGGUCACCAAACCCCUUGGCUGCCGCCCACCAUCAAUCUCCAAAGAGUCUUCCAUGGACCGCCCCACCUUCCUCGACAAGGAUGGCGGCCUAGUGGAAGAGCCCACUACUUCACCAUUUUUGCCUUCACCAAGCCUGAAGCUCCCCCUUUCAAACAGUGCACUCCCUAAUCAGACCCUGGGCGGGAUUGCCUCAGGGCUGGGCAUGCAAAACUUGAAUUCUUCUAGACAGAUACCGAGUGGCAAUCUGGGUAUGUUUGGCAAUAGCGGAGCAGCACAAGCCAGGACCAUGCAACAGCCGCAGCAACCGCCAGUGCAACCUCUUAACUCAUCCCAGCCUAGUCUUCGUGCUCAAGUGCCUCAGUUUCUAUCCCCUCAGGUUCAAGCACAGCUUUUGCAGUUUGCAGCAAAAAACAUUGGUCUCAACCCUGCACUAUUAACCUCGCCAAUUAAUCCUCAGCAUAUGACGAUGUUGAACCAGCUCUAUCAGCUGCAGCUGGCGUACCAACGUUUACAAAUCCAGCAACAGAUGUUACAGGCUCAGCGUAAUGUUUCCGGACCUAUGAGACAACAGGAGCAGCAAGUUGCACGUACAAUCAAUAACAUGCAGCAGCAGAUCCAGCAGCACCAGCGCCAGCUGGCCCAGGCCCUGCUUAUGAAGCAGCAGCCUCCCCCUCCACAUCUAUCUUUGCACCCCUCUGCAGGCAAAUCAGCCAUGGAUAGCUUUUCACCCCAUCCCCAGGCUCCCGGCCUACCUGACCUGCAGACCAAAGAGCAACAGUCUUCACCGAACACCUUUGCUCCUUACCCUCUUGCUGGACUGAAUCCGAACAUGAAUGUAAACAGCAUGGACAUUACUGGUGGUUUGUCAGUGAAGGAUACUUCUCAGUCUCAGUCUCGCCUUCCUCAGUGGACACACCCCAACUCAAUGGAUAAUCUAUCUAGUGCUGCUUCUUCACUUGACCAGAAUUCUAGCAAGCACGGUGCUAUUCCUGGAGGUCUAAGUAUUGGUCCUCCAGGAAAGUCCUCCAUUGAUGACUCUUAUGGACGGUACGAUCUGAUCCAAAACAGCGAUUCACCAGCCAGUCCACCUGUAGCUGUUCCUCACAGCUGGUCACGUGCCAAAACUGAUAGUGAUAAAAUCUCCAAUGGUUCCAGUAUUAACUGGCCACCAGAAUUUCAUCCUGGAGUGCCGUGGAAAGGACUGCAGAAUAUUGACCCUGAGAAUGACCCAGAUGUCACUCCUGGAAGCGUUCCGACUGGGCCUACCAUUAAUACCACCAUACAAGAUGUUAAUCGCUAUCUUCUCAAGAGUGGAGAUUCUGAAUACAUAGAAGGAACUGAGGGACAGUUAUGGCUGAGGAUCCCUUCCAUGCCUUCAGGUCUUGAAGGUUCAAUUCUGCAUGGAAGCAUUGUGCAACCCCAUCUGCUUUCGAGAGGGUUCCGACUCAAUGGCAAGAGAGCAUGGUCAUCCCCAACAUCAUCUCAGAAUGCCACGCUGCCUUCAUCGAGUGCCUGGCCGCUUAGUGCCUCCGGCUACAGUAGCUCUUUCAGCAGCAUUGCAUCCGCACCUAGCAUUGCAGGUAAAUUGUCAGACAUCAAGUCUACGUGGUCCUCUGGCCCAAUCUCUCACACACAAGCCUCUCUAUCCCAUGAACUAUGGAAGGUACCCAGAAACACUACUGCUCCUACGAGACCACCUCCAGGUUUAACAAACACCAAGCCAUCAUCUACCUGGGGUGCCAGCCCACUGGGUUGGACCAGCUCUUAUUCCUCUGGUUCUGCCUGGAGUACUGACAGCUCAGGAAGAACAAGCAGCUGGCUGGUUCUGCGUAACCUCACACCCCAGAUUGAUGGUUCUACACUGCGGACACUGUGUUUGCAACAUGGCCCUCUAAUUACAUUCCACCUGAACCUGACUCAAGGGAAUGCUGUGGUCCGCUACAGUUCCAAGGAAGAAGCAGCCAAGGCCCAGAAGUCUCUGCAUAUGUGUGUUUUGGGAAACACUACCAUCUUGGCUGAGUUUGCUGGUGAAGAAGAAGUAAACCGUUUCUUAGCACAAGGCCAGCCACUGCCACCCACCUCCAGUUGGCAGUCCAACACUGGAACCAAUCAGACUCGUAUGGGCUCCACGAGCAGCUCUCAUGGAUUGGUGCGGAAUGAUGCAGGCCACUGGAAUACUCCUUGCCUGGCUGGCAAAGGGAGCAGCGAUUUGCUCUGGGGUGGGGUCCCUCAGUACUCAAGCAGCCUUUGGGGGCCCCCCAGCACCGAUGAUGGCAGGGUUAUUGGCAGCCCAACACCUUUGAAUACUCUGCUCCCAGGUGAUCUUCUCAGUGGGGAGUCCAUCUAGGAAAGAGAGAAACAAAGUGGAAAUAACAAUCAUCAGCACUAAAGGAAAAAAUUGUAACCCUUUCCAGUCCAGGGCUUCACGAAGAAUCCAGCUUUAACAGAUCAGACUGGCAGCCCUUUUUAGUACCUCUGUCCAAUAUCGAAUAUGAAACUUUGCAGAAGUCCUUGUGAACUGUUAAUGAAACAGUAUGGGCUACAUUUGGUCAGUGUCACAUGCUAAUGACAGGUUUUAUUUUUUUCAUGGCUUUUUAUUUUAUGUCGUCUUUUUAUGUUUGUAUGGUGUUUUUAAAAACAAAGUAUAAAAGCUGCUUAGAAUAAGUAUCAUGAAGGGCACUUUUCAGAAUUUGGGCUGGAAAGGGUUAUUUUAUCAACUUGGGGGGAGGGAGAAAAUGAAAGCCUAUUUUAAAUGAGCCUGUGACUAUUAUGCACAUUACCAGAGGCGGACCCAAUAAUCAGAAGAGUGGAGUGUGAUAUUCAUCUUUGGUACAGAAAAGUAAUGAAUCCGAAUGGUAACUAUUGACUGUACAGGUUGAAUUUGGAGGGUGGGGGUGGGGUAUCUGUGUCCACUGCUCCCAUGGAUCUGCCUAUGCACAUUACCCUUGUUUCAUUACUUUUUCAUGUCAUUUUUUUAAAAUCCCCCAAAAAUAUAAAAAGUUUAAAAAAAAAAAACACAUAUCAAACAUGCAAAUACUUGAAUCCAGCAGGCCAAUAACAAAAUGUGAACACUUUCUAAUUAUUACACUUCCAGGUUGGCAUCAAUACACACAAAACAGGCUCUAGGAAUUUUUUUAAAGUUCAUACUAUGUGUUUGUGUUGGAACAGAUGUAUGUGUGUGAGUGAGCUUGUAUGUGUGUGCGUGUGUGCGCGCCCGUGUGUGAUUUAACAAAAGUGUGAUUUUUUUUUUCUCUUAUUCAGUAUAUAUGCUUUUUAUUUGCUCAUUGGUCAAACGUUUAAUUGUUAUUAGCUUCUAACUUUGCACUGAGUGUCCGCAGCCCUUCUUGUAGCUAAUCCUAUAU